AAAGUGCGCAGCGGUGAGUGGAAAGGCUUCAGCGGUAAAAGCAUCACAGACGUGGUGAACAUCGGCAUCGGAGGCUCCGACCUGGGACCACUGAUGGUGACCGAGGCCCUGAAGCCGUACUCUGCAGACGGUCCAAACGUCUGGUUCGUCUCCAACAUCGACGGGACCCACAUGGCCAAGACCCUGGCCCGGCUGAACCCAGAGACCACGCUGUUCAUCAUCGCUUCAAAGACCUUCACCACCCAGGAGACCAUCACCAACGCCGAGUCGGCCAAAGACUGGUUCCUGCAGACGGCCGGAGACAAAUCUGCCGUGGCCAAACACUUCGUGGCUCUGUCCACCAACGCAGUGAAGGUGAAGGACUUCGGCAUCGACACGGCCAACAUGUUCGAGUUCUGGGACUGGGUCGGAGGUCGCUACUCACUGUGGUCCGCCAUUGGUCUGUCCAUCGCUCUGCAUGUAGGCUUCGAGAACUUUGAGAAGCUUCUGGCCGGAGCUCACUGGAUGGACAACCAUUUCCGCAGCGCCCCUCUGGAUCAGAACGUCCCGGUUCUGCUGGCUGUCCUGGGCAUCUGGUACAUCAACUUCUUCCAGGCCGAGACCCACGCCAUGCUGCCGUACGACCAGUACAUGCACCGCUUCGCCGCCUACUUCCAGCAGGGCGACAUGGAGUCCAACGGGAAGUACAUCACCAAAGAUGGCAGCCGCGUCAACUACCACACGGGACCGAUCGUGUGGGGCGAGCCCGGGACCAACGGGCAGCACGCCUUCUACCAGCUCAUCCACCAAGGAACUCGAAUGAUUCCUGCAGACUUCCUGAUCCCCGCCCAGUCCCAACAUCCAAUCAGAGACAACCUGCACCACAAGAUCCUCGUGGCCAACUUCCUGGCUCAGACUGAAGCUCUGAUGAAGGGAAAAACCUCAGAAGAGGCUCGUAAAGAGCUGCAGGCCGCCGGCAUGACAGGAGACGCCCUGGAGAAGCUGCUGCCACACAAAGUUUUCGAAGGGAACAAGCCGAGCAACUCGAUUGUUUUCAGGAAGCUGACUCCGUUCACCCUGGGGGCUCUGAUCGCCAUGUACGAGCACAAGAUCUUCGUCCAGGGGGUCAUGUGGAACAUCAACAGCUACGAUCAGUGGGGCGUGGAGCUCGGGAAGCAACUCGCCAAGAAGAUCGAGCCGGAGCUGAAUAACGACUCUGAGGUCUCCUCCCAUGACUCAUCCACCAAUGGCCUCAUCAACUUCCUGAAGAAGAACUUUGCCUAAGCUCCGCCUCCUGUCUGGCCACCUCCUGAUUGGCCGAGUCAUGUUGUCUGUGUGAACGAACACUUCCUGUCUGCCCCGAGUAUUAACCAGUGCUUCACGUGUUGUUUUUAGGUGUUGAUCCAUUUGUAGGUGACUCCACCCCCUUAUGGUUAGCUGUGACUUUCAAAAUAAAAGCCCUGUGUGUCACUGAU